AUGGCGGCGGUAGCGGCGACCUGCACCUUGCCUGGACCCCCAUCCGUAGCCCCGUCCCCGCCAAUGGCCGCCCCGGCGCCCGCGCCCGCGUCCGGCCUGGGCCGGUGCCGGAUGGCGCUGCUGCUGGCGGUGGCGCUGGACGUGGCGGGCAUGGCGGCACUGCUGACCGGCGUGUUCGCGCAGCUGCAAGUACGCGGCCGCGACUUCGGCGACCUGCUCAUCUACUCGGGCGCGCUGCUCGUCUUCCUGAGCCUGCUGGGCUGGAUCCUUUGGUACACCGGCAACAUCGAGAUCUCCCGCCAGGAGCUCGAGCGCGACUAUGGCCUGCGGCCCUCCGCGCUCGCCCGCCUAGCGCGCAAGAUCUCCCGCCGCUGGUCGGCGCCGGCCUCUUCAGUCACCCGAGGGACCCGGGGAGCGCGCCGCACUGCCCACACGCCCCCGCAGGCCGCCACCGGCUCCCGCCGUGUGCGCCUGCAGCUUGCCACGCUGGAGGCUGGGCAUGGCGCGGCGGGCGCGAACCCCGAGUGA